UCAGAUGUGUAAAAUAUCAUAGAACAAUGUAUAUUAUACUUGUAUACUUAUGAUUUCGGUAUUUAACAUAUUUUGAUUCGAUAGGUAACAACUUCCAUAGUUACCACAACAUGAACACUCUUAUUGCUAGAGUGUAAACAACUACAAGUGAACAGGAAUGUAAUUAUUAUCAUCCAGUAACACUACUACUAUUCUCUAGUGUUUCCUAGUGGUCUCAACAUUGUAAAUAUUCAUUUUCUGGCUGUGAUUUUUUAUUAGUGCCAUAUAAGUGCAAUUUUCGUGGUUCUGUGAUAUUUUAGUGAAAUAUUGUCUGCUAGUCACUCGAAACGAGUAUUCAAGAAUUAAUCGAUAUUUAUGAAAAUUGGAUUUCUUCGGAGAGACUUCAAUAGUCGAUGUAAAAAGGAAAUCAACUUGAAGUGUUGGUGGUACUCCCGGAAGCGGUUUACUUCUCGGCAGAGAGCUGCAUCCAGCAUACCGAUUGCCUCCACACAUGGAGUACCUCUAUUCCCUCCAACAUUCCACGAGUAACUCUAUUCACGGGUUGGGUUUAACUCCAGAAUACCUCAGUGCUAGAGGAUUGACGGAACUUCACCCGUCAUCUACCCUGGCUAGUACCGAGUUUCCCUUUAGCAUAGACGGUUCAAGGCUCAACAGUCCGCGCCCUGGCAGUAUACGAGCCUCGCGAAAGCGCGCUCUCUCUUCAUCCCCCUAUUCGGACUCGUUCGACAUCAAUUCCAUGAUCCGAUUCUCCCCAAACUCAUUAGCAUCCAUCGUAAAUGGUUCGAGAUCCUCUAGUGCAAGCGGAUCGUAUGGCCAUCUUUCGGCCGGGGCUAUCAGUCCAGCCCUGGGCAUGCAUCCAAUGCACUUACAGCAACUUCAAGCCCACCUGAUGCGCAGCUCAGGGUCACUACUACCUCUUCCUCCUGCAGCUCCGCCCCCUCAUCCUAUGUACUCGCUUGGACAUCAUCCCCUGCACAUGACUCAUAGUAUUUGUAAGACUGAUAAUUUAAAUGACAGAAAAAAGUCUGAAAGUAGUACAAUAACCCAACUCGAUGUGGAAUCCACGAUCUCCAGAAAAUCCAAAGUGAAAAAAGAAACUUCCCUCCAUCCUUGUGGCCCAAAUGAUGGCCAGACUGAUCCCACGGAUCUCAAAGAUGAACCAGGAGAUUUCAUAGAAACAAACUGCCAUUGGAAGGACUGUUCCACAGAGUUUGGAACCCAAGAAGAGUUAGUUAAGCACAUCAAUAAUGAUCACAUACAUGCAAACAAAAAAUCAUUUGUGUGCCGAUGGGAGGGUUGCUCACGAGCUGAAAAACCUUUCAAAGCCCAGUAUAUGCUAGUGGUACACAUGAGAAGACAUACUGGCGAAAAACCACAUAAAUGCACGUUCGAAGGGUGUACCAAGGCAUAUUCACGAUUGGAAAAUCUGAAAACUCACCUCAGAUCUCACACUGGAGAAAAACCAUAUACUUGUGAAUAUCCCGGGUGUGCGAAAGCUUUCAGUAAUGCAUCCGAUAGGGCAAAACAUCAAAACAGAACACACAGCAACGAGAAACCAUAUGUUUGCAAAGCCCCAGGCUGCACAAAACGGUACACAGAUCCAAGUUCUCUGCGGAAACACGUGAAGACAGUUCAUGGCGCUGAAUUUUACGCCAGCAAGAAACACAAGGGCUCCGAGCAGAGCUCAGAUGAUGGACCUGCAGGUCUUGAUUCCAGCCCACGAAGUGAAGACCUGCAAAGUCAUAAGACGACCAGCCUUAGUAGCCCAAGCAUCAAGUCUGAGUCAGAUAUUAAUUCCCCUGGCCAGCAUCAACAAGGAAGUCCUCUUGAAACUACCCAACUUGCCGGGCAAGGAGGAUUCAACGAUGAUCUUUCCGGUGAUCUGGGCAGCAAUUUACAACCUGGGGAUGAUCCUUCGUGGGCCUACGAUGCUGAAGACUUGGAAAUCGAUGAAUUGCCAGUUGUCUUGAGAGCGAUGGUUGGAAUAGGAAGUGACAGAGGUGGGCUAGCAAUAUCAGAGAGAACGCCGAGAGUGCGCAUGAAACAUUUGGCCAAAUACAAGCCCUCGAACAUACCUACGGCAAACAACCAGAGAAAGAAUAUUGCCGAUCUCAACAGGAGGAUAACAGACUUGAAGAUGGAGGGAAAAGGUAGUCUGACGGGCUCCCCUCAAUUAAAGACCCAAUUUACUGAUAUUCAACAACGCUUACAACCCGCAGUCAAUACGCAAAUUCAAAUAAGAAGGGAAAGUAACUCCACAGUAAGCUCUUACUAUGGAAGCAUGCGCAGUGCAGAUAUGAGUCGUAAGAGUAGUCUAGCGUCACAGGCGUCAAGUAUGAGACCCGGAAUGGCACCUGGGUCUCUUUAUGAUCCCAUUUCUGUUGGAAGUUCACGAAGGUCAAGUCAGUUAUCCACUGCUACUACAGGUGGCACCUGUAUACCCCCACCACCUCCUUCACAUCUGCUUGCUGGCCAAUUACAAAGGUUACAAAGUUCUUCAAACCCCACCAAAAGUAACAACCUAGUUUUGCAGACGCAAAAUAUAUCCCUUCAACAAACAGCUAUACAACAGACCUGGCUGAGUUCUACAACAACAAGUACUGAUGCUCGCAGAAUGUCAGAGCCAUGUCAUAUGACAGACAGAAAGAGUCCUCCACCUCGCCCGGCAUCGGUCUCCCUCUCUCCACUCAAAGGAACUGCCAGCUCCACAGAACUCCACCCCAAUCAAGCUGUAGUUCUUGACGAAGUAGGGGAAGGUGAAAUGGUUGAGAACAAGCUCGUCAUUCCUGACGAAAUGGUACGAUAUCUCAAUCAAGUAGCAGAUAACCAAACAGCGAUGAGUUGGUCCGACAAUCAGAAACCCCUAGGAAGUCCUCAAAUGAUACCUUCUCCAGUCAGCUUUCCUACGCUUCCUUCUCCACAGAAUAUGUCUCCAUCUGGAAUCAGUCAGAUAAUGCAAUCGCCUAGUAGUUUGAAUCAGAUGAUCCACUCUCCUUCAAGCAAUCUAAAUCAAAUGCUAUCGUCACCAGCACCUAAUAUAGUAAACAUGGUACCGUCACCCUCAGCUAACUUGAACCAGGUGACACCUUCACCUUCUACAGCAAAUCUGAAUCAGAUAAUUCAUUCCCCUGCUUCCAAUAUGAACCAAAUGUUGCCUUCUCCUGCAUCUAACAUAAACCAAAUAAUGCCAUCUCCAGCCUCGGUUACUCACAUGAUGCCAUCUCCGGCCCCCAACCAGGUUAUAUCGUCUCCUUCCAACUACGCACCUUCCAAUUAUGGAGGAAUGCAAAAUUCUAUGAUGUCGCCUGGUAUGACCCAAAUGCCUGUGAGAUGUAAUUCUCAGACAAUGCCGCCAGGAACCCCCAACACUCAAAACUGCAACAUGAUAAGCAUGAACUGUUACAAUAGGCCGGUUUCACAUGUAUCUUGUUAUAAUGUCCACUGGGAUGGAAACGGAUGUCAAAGUGUUAGUAUGGUAUCGCAACAGGAUAAUCAUAUGUGUAGGCAAAUCAAUAUGAAUCAAAAUUAUGGAGGAAAUAUGUCAAACCAUUACUGUCAAAACCAUAACUACAACCAGACCCAUUACAACUGUAACAAUUACCAGAAUGGUUUCAAUUGUGCACCAAAUUUGUCAGAACCUCUCCCUUCUCCAGCAAUGGCCACUCCUGCGCCUAACGAAGUGAUGAAUCACCCUCAACAAGCACAAAUGAACAGGCCAUGUUUGCAUUAUGUUCAAAAUUGUUAUCCCACACCACCUUACACCAAUCAAUGCAUUCCACAACCACAGCAAACUUGUAAUAACUGCCAAAACUGCAGAAAGGCUACUUACAACCAGUGCGGUAGUAAUGAAAUACAAUGUAAAGACAUCAGCCAAUCUCAGAUGUCACCAGGUAUAGCGAACGGUAACAACACGAAUGCAAUGCAUGGAAUGAGACAGGACACUUAUCAAAGGACUUUAGAGUACGUUCAGAAUUGUCAGUCGUGGGUAAAUAAUUCUGAGGUUGUUAGUAGUAGUACUCAUCCGUUGAAACCUGGUGAUAAGGCCAGUUCAAACAUGGUUGUUAAUGACAUGACAUCCUCGCUGAGUUCUCUUUUGGAGGAAAACAGGUAUUUGCAAAUGAUUCAGUAGUUUAAAAUUACCUAAAUUCUUUAUAGCACUGAAGACUGUACAAAUGUUCAUUGUAAUAAAUGUAUAUUGUGAUAUGUAUAUUGUUUCAGCAAUAUUUCAAUUCAAAAAGGGCUUUAACAAUUUUUGUAUAUGAACAAAUUUUAUUCUACCAAUUUUUUGACACAUUUUAUUUAUAUUUCUUGUAAAGGGGUCU